AUGUCUUACCCUGAAAAGUUCCUGGCCUUUCAGUCGCCGAGUGCGGACAAGUGGCUCGACUUUGAGAAGAACUCGUUCGUCCCCCGUCCGUUUGGCGACUACGACGUCGACGUCAAGAUCGAGUGCUGCGGCGUGUGCGCCAGCGAUAAGCACACCAUCAGCGGCGACUGGGGCCACUGCAAUUACCCCCUCGCCGUGGGCCACGAGAUCAUCGGCGAGGUCGUCAAGGUCGGUUCCAAGGUGACCCUGGCCCAGGUCGGACAGCGCGUCGGCGUCGGCGCCCAGGUCUGGUCGUGCCUCGAGUGCCGCCAGUGCAAGAAUGACAACGAGACGUACUGCAAGCAUCUGAUCGACACGUACAACGCGCCGUACCUCGACACCGGCCACAUCACUCAGGGUGGAUACUCUUCCCAUGCUCGUGUUCACGAGUUCUGGGUCUACGGCAUUCCCGAGAAGAUCAGGAGCAGCGUGGCGGCCCCUUUGCUCUGCGCCGGCAUCACUGUGUACAGUCCCCUGAAGCGCCUGGGCACCGGGCCGGGAAAGAAGGUGGGCAUCGUGGGCAUCGGCGGCCUGGGCCACUUCGCCGUCAUGUUCGCCAAGGCCAUGGGCGCCGAGGUGUGGGCCAUCUCGCGCAGCCGGGCCAAGGAGGCCGACGCCCGCCAGAUGGGCGCCGACGGCUUCAUCGCCACCGGCGAGCCCGACUGGAACGAGCCGCACAGGCUGACGUUUGACAUCAUCAUCAACACGGCCACGUCGUUUGACGGCUUCGAGAUGUCGAGAUACCUGUCCAUGCUCGACGUCCACGGCCACUGGAAUUCGGUCGGCCUGCCCGGCGGUGAGGGCAUGUCCAUCCGCAACCAGGACUUCAUCGCCAACGGCUGCUUCAUCGGCAGCUCCCACCUCGGCAGCCGCAGCGAGAUGCUCGAGAUGCUGCAGCUCGCCGCCGACAAGGACAUCACCACCUGGGUCGAGGAGAUCCCCAUGUCCCGCGAGGGCCUGCAGAAGGCCAUGGAAAAGCUCGAGAAGAGCUCGGUCCGCUACCGGACGUGCAUGGUUGCAUUCGACAAGGCUUUUGCCGAGUAG